UUUUUUUUCAAAGCUCCAUUUUGCAUUAAAGCGCCAAAUGAUGACAGUGCUAUCCAUGAAAACCGAUAAAGAGUAUCAGUUAUUAAACGACUAUACAGAUAUGACAGACAACGAGAAGUAUUCCUACGAUGAAGAACGUACUCUAUGCUACAGUAGCAAUUCACCUUCUACUGAGACUGCAACAGAUAUCACACAUACUGCCAUCAAUCGAAUUCCUCACAGAGAGCUUUUGAAAGGCGUGAAACAACAUGUAGAGGAGCAUUUCGAUAGACCGGAAUUAGUUCGAGAUUGCAUACUUGGUCUAUCAGAUGGCUUGACGGUGCCAUUUGCACUAGCUGCUGGUCUUUCAAGUUUAGGUGAUAGUCGUAUAGUUAUAUACGGUGGUUUAGCAGAGUUAGUGUCAGGAGCAAUUUCUAUGGGUUUGGGAGGUUAUCUGGCGGCCAAAUCAGAUUUUGAUCAUUACCAUACAGAACGCGAGAGAGAAGCGCGGGAGGUAGAGCUAUAUCCAGACGAAGAAGAAGAGGAGAUCAUAGAAUUAUUUGAACCUUAUGGCUUGGAUCGUGAGUCAAUGGAGCCAAUGAUGGCUCGUUUCAGACAAAAUCCUGAAAAGUUUGUGGAUUUCAUGAUGCGUUAUGAAUUGAAUCUAGAGUUACCGGAUCCGAAUCGAAGCUGGAUUUCUGCUUUGACAAUAGGAAUAUCGUACUUUCUAGGAGGCCUGAUUCCUCUUCUACCGUAUUUUCUCGUUAGCGAUACAUAUACAGCUUUAUACGGAUCUUGUUUAGUUACAUUAUUGACACUAUUCGUUUUCGGAUAUAUGAAGAGCAUUUACCUUAGACCAAAGCAAGCAUUCAUGGGAGCUAUUCAAACAUUGGCUAUCGGUGCUGUUGCAGCUGCUUUUAGCUACGGCAUUGUCGCUUACGUCAAUAGUCUUGAUCCGUGAAACUCAAAUAAAAAAAGUGGAUUGAUCCCCUCCUCUGUUUCA